GAUUAUAUUAUUAGAUUAAAAUAAGAACAUGCUUAAAUGGAGGGAAAAGAUUAAAAUGAAAAAAAGAUAAGCACCAAUUUAAUUUAUUGGCUUUAAAAUAAUUUUAAAGAGCUUAAAAAUAUUUCAGAAACUAAAAUUUAAGAAAUUUUAAGCAGUUCUCAAAUAAUUAGUUUCAAUAAAGGCUAGAAAAUAGUGAAAAUUGGGGACAAAGCUGAAUACUUCUACUUAAUUAUUUCUGGAUAUUGCUCUGUUUUCAUCAGCAUACCAAAUUAAAUUUCCUCCAAAGGAUACCUACACUUAACUGAGGUUAAAAAGUUAGAGCCUAUGCAAACAUUUGGUGAAUUAGGAUUAAUUCAUCCAAAUGGUUUGAGAUCUUCUGAAAUAGAAUCAAAAACAGACUGUAUAUUAAUUUAAGUACCAAGAGAAAUUUAUAACAAGAAUUUAAAGAAUGUUGUCAUGAAUGAAUUAAACACGCUGUGGGGGCUUAUUAGAUAAGUUUCUUAUUUAAAUCAUUGGAAUGAAAGAGAUAUUGCAAAUCUUAUUUACAAAUUACCUUCUAAAUAAUACUGUCUAAAUCAAUCAGUAUACUCAUAGGGAGAGUCUCCUGAAUCAGGAAUAUUUUUUAUAUUAAAGGGGGAAUUUGAAAUUAGAAAAUAAAUAGAAGUUGAUGUCUCCAUCGAAUAGCAAGAAUUAAAAAGAAGUGAACUUGUUAAUGUAAAGUUAGAAACGUCAACUCAGAAAAAACAAAUACAUGUCUAAAUAGCCGUCCUUUCAGCUGGUUGUAGUUUUGGUGAAGAGGAAGUAGUUCUUAAUAAAAAAAGAGAAAGUAAUAUAAUUUGCAUAUCUGAAGGGGCAUUAGUGUACUAAACAACGAAAAAUGAAUUUGAAAAAAAAUUUCUUUGGAACUAAAAAACAAAAGAAAGCCUAAACAUUCUAAUUAGCUAGAGAUAGCUAUGGGCUCAUCAAAAACUGAAGGAAUUCAAAAAAACCAAAGAGAUAUCUAAGGAAAUCUUUAACAAAAAAAAUUUGUCUAAAAUUUUCUCUCCAAAUUCAAAGUAUGAAUAGUCUGCCAAUACGAGGGAGUAUGAACCAACUUAAGAUAAAAGCAAUAAAAAUUUUGAAAAUACUUCAUUAGAGUUUUAACAAAGGACCAACUCAAAAUCUGAAUAUAUCAGUGCAACCAAAAGUGUUAACUCUAAUGAAUAGACAUCAAGAAGAUAAAGUAGCUAAAUAACUGGCUAAGAUACAAUGAGUUUGAAGUAAUCUAUGACAAUCGAUAUCUUGAAAGAUUAAAACAAACUAAUUGGGUUUGAAUCCCAAGAUGAAGAUGUUCAUUUUAAUUUGAACACUUUCAGAAAUGUAUAAACCAUUAAGAGAGAGUAUUCAUUUAGUGAUUAAAUGGCUAGUUUGAUUGCAGAAAAUCAAUAAAAAUCAUAGAAAUUUGGUGCUAUAAAUAAGGAGCACCUCUAAAAAUACUGCUAACAAACAGCUUCUUAAUUAUCCAAUUAUUCUUCUAAAAAAUUUUAGAAUAUACCUUAGCUGCCUGAAACCUAUUAAUAAAAUCAAGGUGAGAAUAUAUAAACAUAUAUUGAUAGGAUAAAAAAAUCUUGCUACGUAAAAUCAGUGAGAGAAGAAAAAAAAUUAGUUAAUCAACAAGAAAUCAAAAAGGAAAUUAAAGAAUUAACUUCGUAACUGCUUGAAAGCUUUCCAAAUAACAAAGAAACCAAAAAAUGUUAAAAUUUUGUUGACUUCAAUUUCAUUAGAACCUAAUACAAAAAUAAAAAAAUUGAAGAAAAAUAGAUACAGCAACCUAAAAUUAAUACAGAAGUCAAAGAAAAACAAGAGUAGUCACCAAUAAUUUAAAAGAAGCUAAGCACUUAAUACUCACCUUCCCAGCCUAAAUUUCAUGAAUAAUAAAUUUUAUUCUUUUAGAAUGAUUAGUCAGCCAAAAAUCUUGAAAAUAAAAUUACUUUUGAAGAAAUAACAGAUCAGAAAAAUUAAUCUACACAAUAAAAAUAUUUAAUUAAAAGCUAGAGUAAUUAACAACAAUACGUAUCAAUCCCUCUUUACUUACAAGAAAUUGAUUAAAAGUCCAAUAUGGACUCUAAAAUUAAAUAAAAGUAACAUCUUUUAUUCCCUUUAGAAGAGUAAAAAGAGAAAAUUCAAAGUAAAAUAAAAAGCAAGGAACUUAAAUUAUACCUGAUAAACUCUCAAAAAACGUUUUAGUAUUUCAAAGACUAAAAAGGUAUUGAUUAAAUAAAUUAAGAUCCCAAAAACAAAUAAACAUUCUAACCAAGGAGCUCUUUUUCUUUGCUAUCAAAUCAAUACAAUUAAGAAUCUCAAACAAAUUUUGCUCAAAAUUUGGAAACAGUAAAUGAGAACACGUUUAAAAAUUAAAUUAUUAAUAAUUCAAUUAAUAAAUUAAAUAAUUAGGUUGAUUUGAUUUUCGACCACAAAUUAAUAAAGUAAUCAACAUCUACAGUCCAAUCUGUAUAUGAUGAAAACUCAAAAAUACUUCCAAAAGUUAGGAAUAACUCUGAAACAACCCACAAAAACAUAAAAUACUAACAGUAACUAAACGAAUUAAACAUACUAAACAAAUUAAAAAUUAGUGAGUCAUGUAUUUUGAAUACAAAAACUACCAAUUUCUUUAAUCGCUGUAACCACAUAAACGAUAUAAAUAAAUCUUAAUUUUCUUAAGUAGACGAACUAGAACUUAAUGAAUUAAAUAAAGAUGAUGCAGUGUUCUCAAACUAUAAAAACUCCGUUAAUGAAUAAAAUUCUCCAAUACUAAAUCCUCAUCUAGCUCACCGCUCUUACAAUAGAAAAAGUUAGAGUUUGAGAUAAAGCUUUUAUAAAAAUAGUCAGAAUUUUAAUUCAAAUAGUAAUACAAGUUUUACCACUAUACAUAAUUCCUAACUAAUUCAGUCCAACUGCUUUAAUAAAGACACCCUUAACAGUAAUCUUUAAUCAGAACUCUCAUAUCAAGCAAAGUAUCAUUUCAAUAAUAUCAAGAGACCAAAAGAAAGUAUAUCAGCUGAAAUGCAUUAGCUCAAAACCUUACAAAAAAAUUAAUUCAAUUUCUCAAAGAAAAAUGUAUUUUUUAAAUCGGAUAAUCUUUAGAAAAAUACUGAUUUGACUAAAGCUUUCAAUCACUAAUUUAUCAUAAUAUAAAGUGAAUAAAAUUAAAAGAACAAAAUUUUUGAGAAUUUAAAAAAAAUUUAAGGAAAAAACUAUUCUAAUGAUUAAUAGUUCCAGCAAAAAAUGUUUGUUGUUAAAAGAAACCUUUAUCAUAACUGA